CACGAAUCAAAAACAACUCGUCGCAACUCCAGGUUCGCAAUGGAGUAAUAAAGAGCUUGAGUAUUUCAAAAUAGAGUGUGCUAAUGUGAAAGAUUUCAAGAAUUUUUUUCAAGAAAGUCCCCCAAAGAUUGAAAGUUUUUUUGAAAAAGUGAAAGAAGCAUUAUCUAUAGAUAUAUCUCGACAAGACGCUGUAGAAAAAACAGAUUGGGGAAGUAUAAAAUGUAAGGAAAUUUUCAAACUUGCUAAAUCUAUACUGGCCGUGACAAAGGUUCAUCCAAACGUUGAAGGCACAGUAGACAAUCUUGCAAGACGUAUACUUGAGCUUUUUGAUUAUGACGAAGGGGACCUGUACAUACAAUCUCGAAAUGAAGUAAAGUUAGAAAUGUGCGGAUCACAAACGUACGCCAAACCUGAUUUGUGCGUUGAAUUAUAUAAUCUUCAAAUCAAGUUGUUAAUACAAGAAGACAAGAGUUACAAAGCUUCCAAUCAAGAUACCGAUGCUGAAUUCCAGGUUAUUGCUGAAGCAAUAGUAUCAUUUCAAGAAAAUAGUAAAAUAAAAAAAUUUAAACCACCUUUAGAAUCGCAACUGAUUCCUUGUAUAACAUUGCUCGGAACCUACCCUACGUUCUAUUUAUUUGAAGUAACUAGGAAGCUAUCAGAAUGUGUAAAAAUGGGGAAUCGCCCCGAGGAAAAGACUAUAGUUAAAAAAUACGAUUUUCCGGUGUUGCCCUAUCUCUUUAAAGAUGUGAUGCUAGUACAGGAACAUAGAAAACAUAUUUUUCAAUGCUAUGAAGCUUUUAAAAAGUUUGUGGUAAGAAACAAUUAA